UAACUUUCCUUGUCCAAAAGUGACAACGCAGCUGAGUUUACAACAGAUUUUGUAAAUAUAAACACAGACAAUUAAAUUCCCAAAUUUGUGCAGAAUGGAAUAGUUUUAAGAAGAAUAUAACUACAAUUACUUAAUCAUUUCCCCUUUUAAGUGCUACCCUUAGAACUUUGGCAAAAUUUAUUUAGCUCCUAUUAAAAAUGGGCGAUGAAGGAACUGGAGAUGGAUUUAAUCCUUGCGAAUGUAUUUGGAACCAUGAAUUUGCAAUGCGAAGAUUAUUAAAUGUGUUGAGGAAUUCCCAAGCUCUCUGUACUGACAAUGAAUGUUUCGAAACAGACUCUACCACUCAAGUAAGCCAAACCACAUCAGAAAGUUUCUAUUUAAUGACAUUUUUAAUCGCUAUCGGUAUAUUUCUCUACUAUUUUCGGCCUAGAAGACAAAUGAAUCAAACACUGAAUAAACCAAGACGACUAGAUCUGGAUGAUUCUAAUCCACCACCGCCAGUCGAUUAGUCUUUGAGAAAUUUUUAAAUUUGCAAAAUUAAAUAUAUUUUAUUCAUUUAUUCUAGUAUCAAAUGGUUUUUGGUCAUUACUGUCACGAAUAAUGCUAAGCUUUUUUGUUUGAUGUAAAUUAUAAUCAUAGAAACUAUUUAUCACAGGCAACUUUAGUCUGUGCUAUUAUGUAUUAACAUUCCUUUCUGCACAAGAAUUAAUAUAUAUGCACAAAAGAGAUUAAUUAUAUUUAAACCAAUCUA